GGAGCUUGGACAUUCUUACGUCCCUCUGCUCGCGAAGGUGGUUAUGUCGUUCCGUGGGCUGACCACCGCUGUUUAUAAGGUUGCGUUUGUUUUGCGCAUCACUCUGCGCUGAGGGUUUGAUCAGAAAUCUCUCUCCAACAAUCCGCAGCAAUGAAGUUCAACCUGGAAGGGCUCACGGUGUACUUUCCCUAUGAGUACCUGUACCCAGAGCAGUACAGCUACAUGCUUGAAGUCAAGCGAGCCCUUGAUGCUAAGGGCCAUGGGCUUUUGGAGAUGCCCACGGGGACUGGAAAGACCAUCACGCUGCUGUCAUUGAUCACGUCAUACCAGCUGGCACACCCCGACAUGGGCAAGCUCAUUUACUGCACGCGUACAGUCCAUGAAAUGGAGAAGGUUCUCGAAGAACUACGCAAGCUGCAGGCCUACCAAGAAAAGGAACUGGGAAAGCAGGCCCAAAUCCUGGCCCUCGGCCUCAGCUCCCGCAAAAACCUGUGCAUCCACCCCACGAUUUCCGGCGAAGGCUCCCGCGAAAACGUCGACGCCGGGUGCCGAAAACUGACGGCCACGUGGGUCCGGUCUGCUGCGGCAGAAAACCCGGAUAUCGAGCUGUGCGACUUUUUCGAGGGGUAUGAGAAGAAGGGAGCGGAUGCGCUGCUGCCGGCGGGGGUCUACACGCUGCACGACAUGAAGGUGUUCGGUCGGCAAAAGGGCUGGUGCCCCUACUUUCUGGCGCGCCACAUGAUCACCUUCGCGAACGUGGUCAUCUAUAACUACCAGUACAUGCUGGACCCCAAAGUGGCCGGGGUGAUCUCCCGGGAGCUGGAAAAGGAGUGCGUCGUCGUUUUCGACGAGGCGCAUAAUAUUGAUAACGUGUGCAUCGAGGCGCUGAGCGUGAACCUGCGGCAGCAGACGCUGGACGGCGCGCAGCGGAACCUGACGAAAUUGGGGCAGGUUGUCGAAAAGUUCAAGGCCACCGACGCGGAUCGGCUGCGAGCGGAGUACAACCGGUUGGUGGAGGGGCUGGCCCAGCGGGGCACCCUUCCGCAGAACGACCAGAUGCUGGCCAACCCGGCGCUCCCGGACGACAUUUUGCGGGAAGCGGUCCCCGGGAACAUUCGCCGGGCGGAGCACUUCCUGGCGUUCCUCAAGCGGUUCGUGCAGUACCUCAAGCGGAGGAUGGGCGCGCAACAGGUGGAGAGCGAGGGCCCCCUGUCUUUCCUGGACGACCUGAAUAACAGCGCGGGCAUCGACGCCAAGACGCUCAAGUUCUGCUACGACCGACUGCACAGCCUCAUGCUCACGCUCGAGAUCACUGACACAGAGGAAUUCCACCACCUCACCCUAGUAUGCGACUUCGGUACGUUGGUGGGCACCUACACGCAGGGCUUCGCGAUCAUCAUCGAGCCGUUCGACGAGCGCAUGCCGCACAUCUCGGACCCCGUGAUGCAGCUAAGCUGCCUUGACUCCUCGCUCGCCAUCAAGCCCGUCUUCGAGCGCUUCCAAUCGGUCAUCAUCACGUCCGGCACGCUGAGCCCCAUUGAGCUGUACCCGCGCCUGCUCAACUUCAACCCGGUCACCAUCCAGUCCUUCGCCAUGAGUCUUACGCGAGACUGCCUCUGCCCAAUGGUCCUCUCCCGGGGCAGCGACCAGCUCCCGGUGAGCACCAAGUUCGACAUGCGCAGCGACCCGGGGGUCGUGCGCAACUACGGGCGGCUACUGGUCGAGAUGGCGCAGGCGGUCCCCGACGGCAUCGUCUGCUUCUUCGUUUCGUACUCCUACAUGGACGCCAUCAUUAACAGCUGGAACGAAAUGGGCAUCCUUAAAGAGAUCAUGCAACACAAGCUGGUGUUCAUUGAGACCCAGGACGUGGUCGAGACCACGCUCGCGCUGGACAACUACCGGCGCGCGUGUGACUGCGGCCGGGGCGCCGUCUUCUUCAGCGUCGCCCGGGGGAAGGUCGCCGAGGGGAUUGACUUCGACCGGCACUACGGGCGGCUGGUCAUCAUGUACGGCGUGCCGUUCCAGUACACUCUAUCGAGGAUCCUGCGCGCGCGCCUCGAGUACCUGCGCGACACGUUCCAGAUCAAAGAAAACGACUUCCUGACGUUCGACGCGAUCCGGCAGGCGGCCCAGUGCGUCGGGCGCGUUAUUCGGUCCAAGUCGGACUACGGCAUGAUGAUCUUCGCAGACAAGCGGUACCAACGGCACGACAAGCGGUCCAAACUGCCCAACUGGAUUCUGUCGCAGCUCAAGGACAGCCACAUGAACCUCAGCACCGACAUGGCGCUACACAUCGCACGCGAGUACUUACGCAGAAUGGCUCAGCCUUUCGACUCCCUGAGUGUGGAUACCGGGACACUUCUCAACGAGGCCGCCCUCCAACGGCCGCAGCCGAUGGAGGUUGGAUGACCGUCGGUUUUUUUGCGUUUAGUAAAAGUUAGGAGGUUAGGAGAGUAUGGUUAGGAGGUUAACUGAGUAAAAGAGCGGAAGGAAGGGGGGAGCCUCGAGGUCAGUUCUUGCAAGCUGCGUUCCGCUGGUCGGAAAGAGGUGAUUUAGGAAGGUGAAACGAGCACCGUAGUGGUUCAGUCAGCAUAGAGGUACAUCAGAGCGUCAAAACGAGAUCAUGACCGACAAUUGUGCGGACAUUGGAGGUUUGAACAGAGGCAUCAAAGAUGCGACCAACGGGGUGCAAGUUUGACCGACUCGAGGGUCCGGUCUGUCUUGGUGUGCCAUUGAUUCAUGUCUUCGUAGCGCUUACCGGACGCAGAUUGCAGCCGGUAUCUAGCAUUCUCAGGCACGCGCAAGACCGCAGCCAAAGGAAAAGAAUUUUCCCACCCGAACGCUGGUCUCGCUAGCAUACGUCUCAGUGCAUCAGACCAUAAAAGGCGGUGGCAAGGAGCUACGUUUGGACUAAAGUAGCACACGAAGAUUCGGUGGUAGCUAGGUGCUCAUAUCUCAAAACAUUGAUUUCCAUGUAUGUAUGCCCCCUGUAUGCCACGGAAGCCUAUGGCCCGUGUGGCUACGGCGUUUUGAAAAAAG